UUUCAUCGUUCUCUCGCGCUGGUUCGUCGCCGUCGGUUGGCGUUCGUCGCGUUCGUCACCAUUACCACUACCACCACCACCACCGCUGCCACCACCACCGACCGUCGCCGUCUUGGGAGGUAGAGUGGAGAAAAAAUGGUGACAAUCCGCCAGCCAGCAGUAAAAGUCGGAACAUAGAACGGAAUUCGGGUUCAGCAAACAGUCACCGAACACAGGUUGUCGGAUUCCGUUGGUCUUCAGCUCUUGAAAAAGGAGGAGUAUAAUAGUUUUACCCGUUGUGAAAAUCGUGUAAAAAGUCGCGCUAUCGCAAUUUCGGACGGGCAAUUCGGGGGAAGAUUAAAAAACGGGAAUCUUUUUUUUUCUCGGGAAAAGGUGAAGGCAAAAGUUAAGAGACAUACUAAGAGAGAAAGAAAAUUCGAGGGAUAGAGAGACUUUGCCAUUGCCAGUGUGGUGAAGAGACCCAGUCGCGAUACGAUACGGGAUCAGCAGUAACGCUAAUACAAUUUUCCCAAGGAUGGCGGAUUAGGAGAUACGCGUCCACGAGAAACCCCCAAAACAACAAGCAGGCAAGUGAUACCAUGGAUGAUGAAGCCAUCACGAGUCAUCCGCACUUGGCCGGAGUAGCGUGAGUCUCGACCAGCACCGGCGGAUCCGUGGAGGCAGAGCGCCACAACAUCAUCAGCAUCACAUUGCAUCGCAGAACAAAAUGGCGGGUGGUGAGCAUUCGUUUGGAAGAAAGACAUUUCACAAGCCAACCUAUUGCCAUCACUGCUCGGAUCUGCUGUGGGGACUAAUCGGACAAGGAUACAUCUGCGAAGUUUGCAACUUUAUAGUGCACGAGAAAUGCGUGACAAAUGUGGUAACACCAUGCUUAGGCGUCGCACCGUAUCUGAUCCGAAAUCCAGUCGCACACUGCUGGUCCGAGCCGGCCCAUCAUAAACGGAAGUUCUGCACGGUCUGCCGCAAACGUUUGGAUGAAACCACCGCCGUUCAUUGUUUAAUCUGCGAGUACUUUGCGCAUGUUGAGUGCCAGGAUUUUGCGAUUCCCGAUUGCAAGGAAAAUGCCACGUACGUGCCGGGAAAGGAAUUGGGUCACGUCAAACACCAGCACCAUUGGCGCGAGGGGAAUCUGCCGCAAUCAUCGAAGUGUGCGCUCUGCAAGAAGGCAUGCUGGUCCUAUGAAUGCCUUACAGGUUAUCGCUGUGAAUGGUGUGGUACUACAGCGCACGGUGGCUGCCGGAACAACAUCCCAUCGGAGUGCACCUUCGGAACGCUACAGCCAAUUUACUUGCCACCGCAUGCCGUCUCCAUACCGCGAACUGAAGUGCCAAUGGAAGCAAUCAUCGGAGUGCAGAACAAGAACAAGGGAACACCGGGAAUGCAGAGGGAUUACUCGUGUCCGGAACUGUGGACCAUCGGUCAACCGGAUUUUGACGCGACCGACUCUGCGGAGGAAGACUCGAAGCCAGCCAGACAAAAGCUGCCCGUGUUUACUUUCUUCGAUGAUGACUGCGAUGACCAGGAGUUCGGUAGUCAGCAGCGUUUCUCCAGUGAUAACGAUUUGUUACUGUUGGGUACGGACUACAAAGCUCUGCAACAGCUCGAACCGCUGGCCAGUAAGAACCUAAUUCAUCCGGCAUUGCAACGGGCAAAGCUGGCACCGAAAGAUAUGGUCAUGCGAAGUAAGUCCUUCCAGGAUCAAAGCAACAGCAUUCCGAAACGUUUGAAAAUGCUACCCAAAGCAAGACUGUUUCUGCGCGCAAAAGAUCGACCGAAGAAACAUUCUCCACGGUGCAGUGAUGACUCAAUUCUAUGCUCUACCUGUCCAUCACCGAUGCUCUCGGUAUCGAAAAUUAGUUCAAAUGUGACGUCAGUGUCGAAUUCAGCCACUGCAUCGGUGACAACGAUGCAAACUGACGACGCGGAUGGUGGCGAGCGGAGGAGGAAUAGUGACUGCGGUUGGCACGUUGCCACGAACGGGCAGCGGGAUGUGCUACUAGUGCCGUCGAAAGAAAAGCUAGGUCAUGAUGCACUUGCGGACGUGAGGAGACAUAUCGGGGAGGAACGGAGGGUUCUAUCCUACAGUGACGUCAGUAGUUUUGUGUUCAUCGACGACGAUGCUGCGGAUGCCGUAACGAUGGAUCACCGAAGCGAGGUUUGUGACACACUGGCUGCAUCCACCGGGCUCCCGUUUGCCAUACCUGGGCUUGACGAUGCAAUUGUUGUUGGUGAUGCAGCUGGUGCUAGUAUUGCUAGUGAAGUUGGUGGUAGUGCCGGGACGGAGGUAGUCGAUGUUGGUAGUAGUAGCGAAGCAGGUACUGAAUUAAAUGCUCGAACCGUCGCUUUGGUAGGGAAUGAUAAGGAAAACCGAAGAGGUCAUUUGCUCGGUAGGAUCUACCGUCGGAUGCGGAAGUGCUCAAUGGGAUGGAGUAAAACGGGAUGUAGAGUGCGUAGAGCUCGCAGCAUCUCAGAAGAAAUAAGUGAUAACGCACGCUGCGAUGACCUAACGAAGGGAGAGAGCAGUUCUGGCACUCAUUCGAAACCCGAUUCUGCGCACAAGAGCGACAAAGAUAAAGAUAAGAAAGAUAAGGAAAAAGAGGAACGUGAUGAAGAAACAAUCAAAGUAUUCGACGGCAACUGUUCAUAUCGAAGAAGAAUAUUUAGAGCCAUCACCGUACCUAGAACAUUCUCGUUAGAACAAUUACUGACCACCGCCUUGAGGGCCUUUCAUAUAGCCAGGGAUUCAAAUCUAUUUUUUCUUACUGAUCUUUACGGUGAUGAAGUAAGAUUGCAAGAUCCGACGCCGGUUCUGAACCUGCAUCGGGUAGAGGGAAAGCGGCCUGCGAUAUAUCUACGAUUCCGUGAUCGGGAAAAUGACCAUGGCUUCGUGCGCGUCUAUCCUGGAAAGCUACAGGUGGAAAACGCGUACGUCAACGUUCCUGUGGAUAACGACACUACGGUGAAGGAUCUUAUUAGUGAGUCAUUGAAAAAAUUCGGACUGCAAGAACACCACAUAGAAGACUACCGUUGUUCGGAGAUAUUGCUCGACCGAGGCGUUACUGAGCGGGUACUGUCGUGGAACGAGCGCCCCUGGGAGAUCAUGAAACAACUCGGAAAGGACUCAAUACGCCAGAUGGAGAUGAUGCGGUUCUACCUGCAACUAAAGCAGGACCCACACGGUCCGAACCUCGCACUUUUCGUGGGCAAUCUACCUCCGGGCUUAUCGCAGCGGAACUAUGAACACAUACUGACUGAAUUCCUAGGUUUCGAGAACAAGUUUAGUAGUAUCGGUCCGAUCUACUAUGAGUACGGAUCGCUAGUGAUAACCUACGAAAACGCAUCCAAAGCUGUUCGAGCAUUCCAAGCCUUGAGAGAAUCCAAGUAUGAGGAGAAGCUUCUGCUGGUACUGCUGUUACCGAACAUCGAACAUAGCAUGGUUCCACUUGGGGUUCAGCCGUUGUUGGUGUUCGUCAACGUUAAGUCGGGUGGAUGUCAAGGAUUAGAGCUUAUUAGUAGUUUUCGUAAAUUAUUAAAUCCAUAUCAAGUAUUUGAUUUGGAUAAUGGAGGACCACUGCCUGGACUGUAUGUAUUCAGAUACAUUCAGGAUUAUAAAAUUUUAGUUUGCGGGGGUGACGGUACAAUCGGUUGGGUACUUCAAUGCUUGGAUAAUGUAGGUCAGGAUUCGCAAUGUUCUAGUCCCCCUUGUGCGAUUGUUCCACUCGGAACUGGAAACGAUCUAGCCAGAGUGCUCCGCUGGGGUGCCGGUUACACUGGCGGCGAGGACCCUCUCAACUUGCUACGGGAUGUAAUCGAUGCUGAAGAAAUCCGACUGGACCGUUGGACCGUGGUCUUCCAUCCCGAGGACAAACCAGAGGAUGCCGCACCGAAACCUCAGGCUAACUCAGCGGGUAAGAAGAAGAAAAUACAGCAACAAUCACAACAACAACAGAAUCAACAUCAUCAUCCCGCGACAACGAUCAGCGCAAGUCAAACAAGUCAAGUUGUCGGUGCAACCCAGAGCGAGGACAAUUCACAAAUAUUCGUGAUGAACAACUACUUCGGUAUCGGAAUCGAUGCUGAUUUGUGUUUGGACUUUCACAAUGCUCGUGAGGAAAAUCCGAACAAAUUCAAGUCCCGUCUGCACAACAAGGGAGUGUACGUUACCAUGGGACUGCGCAAAAUGGUUGGCCGCAAGAUGGUGAAGGAACUGCACAAGGAGCUACGACUGGAGGUGGACGGCAAAGUAGUUGAUCUGCCACCAGUCGAGGGUAUCAUCAUCUUGAAUAUUUUGAGCUGGGGAUCGGGUGCCAAUCCAUGGGGACCUGAGAAGGAAGACCAAUUCAGCAAACCGAAUCAUUGGGAUGGAAUGCUCGAAGUCGUUGGAGUGACCGGUGUUGUUCACCUAGGCCAAAUACAGUCCGGGUUACGGUCUGCCAUGCGAAUAGCUCAGGGUGGUCAUAUCAAAAUUCAUCUACAUUCAGAUAUACCAGUGCAAGUCGAUGGAGAACCUUGGGUACAAAGCCCCGGGGAUGUGGUUGUUUUGAAAUCUGCUCUAAAGGCGACCAUGCUGAAAAAAAUGAAGGGCAAGAUGAAGCGACGUAACACCGAACCGACCAUGCAGGUGAUGGGGCCAUCGGGAAUACACAUGACGCUGGCCGCUCCUCAGGAGCCGGACGAAGUCGACUCGAACAAUACUGAUUUCUGAAUUUGGUAUAACGAGCGAUUAAUUUAACGUGCUUCGUUGUUUGUCAACACUACUACCAACCACCACAACCACCACCACCACCACCACCCUAGCAAUAAUAACAAUCCAAUUAACCGAGAAGCCCAUAAUACACUGAUAGGUAGUUGAACAGUAUUAAUACGAAAGCACUGUUGGAGACCGAUCUCUGUUAGCUUCAUGCUGUCGAGAAUGAAUCACCAAAGAAUCUCCGAAUCGCGUGAAGCGACAUCUUCCAUUCAUCCAUGGUGUGAGUAAUAAGCUAAAUGAGUAGAACAGUUUAUAACAAAUGUGGAGGAAUAAUUGCAUACAAAUAAAGAAUCACUUUCUUCUCUAGCCCACCUCACGUACAUAAGUACGGUAGACGUAUUCGUUGUGUCGUAGUAUGCCAAUCUUUCAAGUGAGGCACAUCUAACAAAAUCACUAGCAAACAAUCCCAUUUAUCUUUUUUGGCUAACAAACAAACAAACAAAUACACACCCACAUACAUACCCUCUCUCUAUCUCUCUCUCACACACACACAAACACAAUACACAUGAUUGAUCAAUGCUGAAACAGCAACAACAAAAUACUAAUUUCAUCAAAUAACAAAUCAGAUAAAUGAUUGCAGGAAUGAGAUAAUUGUUAGGCUAGCAGCAAAUAUGCAAUCUAAUCGAUUUUUCAAAUUGCUAGAACGAAUUCAUUACGUAUUCAGUGAACUCCAUGGGAACAAAAAAUUUUUGCCAACAAAAAUGAAAAACAAACACCGUUAACUCAAUUCCAGAACAUGUCAAACAGAUCAAGCAAACGCGCAUGGAACGUUAAAUUAAUGGCUCUUAUGUAAGACUCAAAUAAUCGGAUGAUGAUUGAAUAAAAACCAACAAAAAAAAGGACAGGAAAUGAACCAACGGAAAUAUAAUCAGUAUAUCACAAAGUAAUAAUAGUCAGAAGACAAGGGUAGACGAGCUACUAACUAGUCACAGAAGAGGAUACGCAUUAGUAGACUCCACAUGCAUUUCUGAAAACACAGCAAAAAGUUGUUGUAAUGAUUUCAUACCAUAUACGCAAACAAAAAAAAACUGUCAUCACUAUCUUUAAACAAACAGAGAAAGAGUGAGUAGAGAACAUUAAAAUUAUAGAAAGAGCAAACAGUUAUUUCAGUUGAAUCCAUUAGAUUAGUUAUUUUGUUCACUCUAACGUCCGACCUAACUCAUACGAGUAAACAAACACUAAACACCUGUACAGCAAUGAACAUAAAAUAUGAGGGUAAACUGUUUUUAGAUCAAGCUGGUUUAUGUAUUCAAGGUACACUAUCAAAGUAAAACGAGAAAAAAAAUCUUCUUGAGAACAAAAAGUAUUUAUACGGAAAGUUGUUGACUAUAUUUACUAUGCAUUUUUUUAAAUUAUUUUUCUAUACAAAGUGGCGUCAGCUCUGGGCCGCACAACCAUUAAGAACAUUCGAAAACAAGAGCGUGAAAGUAACUAAUGGUAACCAAACAACAGUUGAGAUUACGCUUACGAAACGUCAAAUAAAGUGACGAAAUCAAAAAAAGCUUUGAACAGAGAAGGUAUAUUUUGAAAUGUUUGAACGGAAGAAGCAGAAGAAUAAAACCCACAAAUCAAGAGUCUUACUCGUCAGUGGGCGGACAGAUGUAAGCAAAAAGAUAUAUUAUUUUUAUUUUAGUUUAAUCACGUACGAAUAAACUCAAGAUACUGCAGCGAGCAAGAAAAAAAAGAAGAAAAAUGAUAUGUGUUAAGUGCAGUAAGAAAAUGAAAAACACAAUUGUAGCCGUGAAUUGUAAUUUGUACAAUUACGUUCUGUAUGGUAUUUUACCAAAACUACAUAAACAAACUAUUAAAUAUAAACAAACAAACAAAAAAAAACAAGCACCCAGACUAAGUAAUGAAACAAGGGAAACCAUUGCCAAAAACAUUCAUAGAACUUAAUGUCCUAAACUUGACAUCUGAAGAUACACAACACACAACACCCAGCCAUAAUUGAACCAUUAAAUUAUAAAACGGAAGUCGAAUCAAUGCUCCAAGAAAACCAAAAAAAAACGAACAAAGAAAGUUGUUU